AUGCCCAGCUCAUUACAGAAGACGCGCAAGCACAUUGCCAAGAAGCGAAAUGGCGAAGUCAAUGCCCUGCAUGCAAAGUCUAGGGACUCUCUGCGACUGCACAAGGCCGGCGUGCGGGAUCAGAGACUAGAGAAGCUUGCCGCUGCAAGAAGCAAAAAGGAGCAGCCUAUUGGUACCGUUAGCAUUCCGCAGAGAAACUUUGACCGGGUCAGCUUCUUUCAGGAAAGUCUCGACGAGAAAGAUCCCCAGCCUCUCGAUGUCGAGACGGUUCAAUCUUAUAUCAAGAGGUUCAUUCGUCAAUAUGAUGAGGAAUAUGAUGGCCUCAAAAAGGCCCGUCGUCCAGGCAGACCUGCCAGCGCCAGAGAAGAUUUACUCAAGCUGAAGAUCGCCGCGUUGGAGAAGGAGUACCGGAAUGGAUUUGUGAUCCCCGAUGUCAUGACCGCCAACCAUGCAAAGAGCUUGCAGGAUUGGGAAGGAUCGUGGGCAUACCUGACCACCCUGCCCUGGAUCAAGGUAUCGAGUGCUGGUCAAGUCAGAUCUGCCGAGUUUCCGUCCAAAGGAAUCAACUGA